GGACUGUGAUGGGGAGGAGGGUUCCAUCCGGGAAAGCCCUGCCCUCCUGGUAGUCCUGGAUCAGGAGGCUAUUCCUGGAUCCACAGCCCAAAGGGGAGACCUUACAACACCCGUGCCGGUGUGAGCUCUGGAGUUCUGGAGUGGCUGCUUUUUGUCCUCCCAUGGCCUUUGCUGGAACCGCCCUGAAUGUCUGGUGUGGCUGUGAGUGGAGUACCGAGUGGAGGGGGAUCCCAGGAUCGAGGGAGCUCAGUGAGAACCACAGGGAGCAGGUGUCACAGCUGACCUGCAGCCCUCCAGGAACUGGGGUGCUUGUGAGCCCCUGUGCUGCCCGCGCCUUGGAAGUCUUGCUUUCCUAAGGAAGUGUGGCUCCCUCACAGUACGGCUUCUCCAAGGGGACCCAGAGACGACCCAGCAGCUUUGCCACCAAAAUGUCAGGAGAGAUGGACAAGCCGCUGAUCGGCCGUCGCCUGGUGGACAGCAAUGGCAGCCUUGCCGAAGCCCCCAGUGAGGCCCCGAAAGUGGGCAUUCUGGGCAGUGGGGACUUUGCCCGCUCCCUGGCCACACGCCUGGUGAGCUCUGGCUUCAACGUGGUGGUGGGGAGCCGCAACCCCAAACGCACCGCUGGGCUGUUCCCCUCGGUGGCCCAAGUGACUUUCCAGGUGGAUGCAGUGAGCGCGCCAGAGGUCAUCUUCGUGGCCAUGUUCCGGGAGCACUACUCUUCGCUGUGCAGUCUCAGCGACCAGCUCGCGGGCAAGAUCCUGGUGGAUGUGAGCAACCCCACGGAGCAAGAGCACCUUCGACAUCGCGAGUCCAAUGCUGAGUACCUGGCCUCCCUCUUCCCCACCUGCACAGUGGUUAAGGCCUUCAAUGUCAUCUCUGCCUGGACCCUGCAGGCUGGCCCGAGGGACGGGAACAGGCAGGUGCCCAUCUGUGGCGACCAGCCAGACGCCAAGCGUGCUGUCUCUGAGAUGGUACACGCCAUGGGCUUCAUGCCCAUGGACAUGGGAUCCCUGGCAUCGGCCCGGGAAGUGGAGGCCAUUCCCCUGCGCCUCCUCCCCGGCUGGAAGGUGCCCAGCCUCCUGGCCCUGGGGCUCUUCGUCUGCUUCUAUGCCUACAACUUCAUCCGGGACGUGCUGCAGCCCUACGUGCAGGAGAGCAAGAACAAGUUCUACAAGCUGCCAGUGUCCGUGGUCAACACCACGCUGCCAUGUGUGGCCUACGUGCUGCUGUCGCUGGUGUACUUGCCCGGUGUGCUGGCAGCCGCCCUGCAGUUGCGGCGGGGCACCAAGUACCGCCGCUUCCCCGACUGGCUGGACCACUGGCUGCAGCACCGCAAGCAGAUCGGGCUGCUCAGCUUCUUCUGCGCCGCCCUGCACGCGCUCUACAGCUUCUGCCUGCCGCUGCGCCGCUCCAACCGCUACGACCUGGUCAACCUGGCCAUCAAGCAGGUCUUGGCCAACAAGAGCCACCUGUGGGUGGAGGAGGAAGUCUGGAGGAUGGAGAUAUACCUCUCCGUGGGAGUGCUGGCCCUCGGCACGCUGUCCCUGCUGGCUGUGACCUCGCUGCCGUCCAUCGCAAACUCGCUCAACUGGAGGGAGUUCAGCUUCGUUCAGUCCACGCUGGGCUUCGUGGCCCUGGUGCUGAGCACGCUGCACACGCUCACCUACGGCUGGACCCGCGCCUUCGAGGAGAAACACUACAAGUUCUUCCUGCCUCCCACCUUCACGCUCACGCUGCUGGUGCCCUGUGUCAUCAUCCUGGCCAAAGGCCUGUUCCUCCUGCCCUGCUUCAGCCGCAGACUCGCCAAGAUCCGGAGGGGCUGGGAGAGGGACAGCGCCGUCAAGUUCAUGCUGCCCACGGGCCCCACCCUCACCGAGAAGACGAGCCACGUGUGAGGUCCUGCGGGCUCCAGACACCAGGCACAGGCUGGAUGGCGGAUAGGUUUUCUUUUCUGGAAGGCGCAGAGCAGUGUAAUUGUGUGCAAAUGGGUGGUUUGAAGUCCGAAUUCCUGGGAUGCAGGUGUAUGCAGUAAUAUUCAGAAUGACACAUACACAUGUGUGACAUGUAUGUACAUAUAUUCCAUACAUAUAACAGGAUUUUCAAUUAUAUUUACUUAGCUAAAAAGUUGGGUCCCUGAGAUUUCAACAUGUAUAUUUAAAAGCAAGAGCCAGAUGUUGGCAGAAGAGCAGAUCGUGCUGUGGUGACAUUUGCAAGGAUAUACACACACUUUUUGUACAGAA